CUCUGUCCAUAUACCAUUCGACGCUAGCAUGUUUGAAGCAAAAUUAGAGGCCGCCAACGUCAUCAAAAAAGUUCUUGAAGCCGCUAAAGAACUAGUCACUGACGCGAACUUCGAGUGCAAUGACGAAGGCCUGAACCUCCAAGCUAUGGAUAACUCACAUGUUGCUCUUGUUGCGGUGAAACUACAAAAAGAUGGUUUCAAGCAGUACCGCUGUGACCACGCCAUGCCUCUAGGUGUCAAUCUCGGGUCCUUGACUAAAGUCCUCAAGUGCGCGAAAGAUGAUGACGAAGUCACUCUAAGGGCAGAUGACAAUGCAGAUGUCCUUCUUCUCAAAUUCGAAGCCAAAAACACGGAUCGCGUGGCAGAAUACGAAAUGAAACUUAUGGACAUCGAUACUGAUACUCUCGGUAUACCAGACACAGAGUACGAUGCCAAGGUAUCCAUGCCGGCUGGUGAAUUCCAGCGUAUUUGCCGAGAACUGUCGCAACUAGGGGAAUCCGUUCGGAUCGAAGUAACCAAAGAGGGCAUCCGCUUCAACUCCGAAGGUGAUAUCGCCAAUGGGAGUGUUCUUCUUAAGCCUACAGAUGGUGGGUCGGGACGAUACGCAAAAAAUGGUUCUUCUUCGAAAGAGAACAAAGUGAAGAAGGAAAAGGGGGAAGAUGAAGAGAUGGAAGAUGAUGAAGGUGGUUCGACAAAGGGAGGCGAUGAGGAGCGAAAGCCAUCGAGGGCGGAGGAAGAGGAAGAACCUGCAUCGGAGCGAGAAGAGGAAGAGGAGAGCUCGAAGAAACGCAAGCGGAAGGGAGAUGCGUCCAGUGGAAAAGCAAAAAAGACAAAAACAGCCGAAGAUGAAGAUGUUGUAUCCAUCUCUGUUGCCCAGGCUGUCUCAUUGAGCUUCUCACUCAAAUAUCUCGUUAACUUCGCGAAAAGUACCGGGCUUACGAGCUUGGUGGAGCUUAAAAUGAGUGCUGACGUCCCUCUGCUGGUAUCCUAUGAAUUCGAGCAAGGGACCAUUCAGUACUAUCUUGCUCCCAAGAUUGGCGACGACUAGACCCGUUCGCGAAAAUGAGAUUAUUUUACAUUCAACGACAGGCCGUAGUUUAUCUGGUUCGAAAUGUUUCUUGUAUCCGUAUAUCCCGCUCAUGUUCCGAUUCUCAAUUUAAUAAUAUUCUCGACUGGCGUUGCACACG